CCGUGGUUUGUGGACGUGCGAACGGCCUCUGUUGUCUCUCAAGCACCCACCACACCAACACCAACGAUGAGCUACAUCCAGCAAGAGGAUGUUGUCUUUGAGGAGGACAUCCUCCGCAAUCCAUACUCUGUCAAGCACUGGAUUCGGUACUUGGAUCACAAGGAAAAGGCCGAUCCAAAAGUGCGCUUCAACAUUUACGAGCGCGCUCUGCAGCAGAUGCCCGGAAGCUACAAGCUGUGGUACCGCUACCUUGCCGAGAGGCGAACGUAUGCGCAGCGCUUCCCGCCCACGCACCACACGCGCGACGCUCUGGAAGAGACGUUCGUGCGCGCACUCGCGUACAUGCACAAGAUGCCACGGAUCUGGCUGGAGUAUCUCGAGGCGAUGAUGGAGACAGGCAAGGUGACAGCAACACGCCGCGCCUUUGACGAAGCCCUCAGGGCGCUCGCCAUCACGCAGCACCACCGCAUCUGGCCCCUCUACCUGCAGUUUGUUCGCUCCAUCAACGUGCCUGAGACGGCUGUUCGUGUGUACCGCCGCUACCUCAUGGUCGAGCCUGAGGAUGCGGAGGAGUAUGUCGACUACCUCAUCUCCAUCAAGCGAUUCGACGAAGCAGCAACACAGCUCGCACAGAUUGUGAACAAGAACCGGUACAAGAGCAAGCGGGGCAAGUCGAACCACCUGCUGUGGGUGGAGCUCUGUCAGCUCAUCAGCAAGCACCCAGAACACAUCCACACCCUCAGGGUUGAGCCGAUUAUCCGGGGCGGACUGCGGCGGUACACGGACAUGAUCGGGUCACUCUGGUGCUCGCUCGCAAACUACCACAUCCGAAGCGGAAACUUUGAGAAGGUGCGGGACAUUUACGAGGAAGGGCUGGCGGCUGUCAGCACCGUCCGCGACUUUAGCGCCAUCUUCGAGGCAUACGCCGAGUUUGAGGAGACAUCGCUCAACGCCAUGCUUGAGGACGAAGAGCAAGACGAGGUUGAGCUUGAGCUGCGGAUGGCGCGGUAUGAGAAUCUGAUGGAGCGACGGCCGCUUCUCCUCAGCAGUGUCCUCCUGCGCCAGAACCCGCACAACGUCGACGAGUGGCUCAAGCGCGUCAUGCUGUUUGAGGCAUCGCCAAAGGAGAUGAUCCGCACGUUUACGGAGGCGGUGCAGACGAUUGACUACCAACAGGCGGUGGGCAAACCGCAGCAGCUGUGGAUUGAGUUUGCAAAGCUCUACGAGUCAAACCAGCAGCUCUCCCAGGCGCGCGCCGUCUUUGAUCGCGCCGUCCAGCAACCCUUCCGCAAGGUUGACGACUUGGCCGACGUGUGGUGCGCAUUCGCUGAGAUGGAGAUCAGGAACAAGAACUACAAGCAAGCACUGUCGCACCUUCGCCGGGCCACGCACGUGCCAUCACGCAAGAAGGCGGCAGUGGACAACAACAGCGUGCAGAUGCGCGUGCACCGUUCCCUCAAGCUCUGGUCCAUGUACGCCGAUCUGGAGGAGUCGCUCGGCACCUUUGAGACGACCAAGGCGGUGUACAACCGCAUGAUUGAGCUGCGUGUGGCCAAUCCACAGACCAUCCUCAACUUUGCGUCGUUCUUGGAGGAGCACAAGUACUUUGAGGAGGCGUUUUCCGCCUAUGAGAAGGGCCUGGGCCUGUUCCGCUGGCCUGUCGUCUACGAAAUCUGGAACGUUUACCUCACCAAGUUCAUUCAGCGUUAUGGCGGCCGCAAGUUGGAGCGCACGCGCGAGUUGUUUGAGCAGUGUCUUGCGCACGUGCCGGACAAGUUUGCAAAGGUGCUCUACCUCAAGUACGCCCAGUUUGAGGAGGAUCACGGUCUCGCCCGUCACGCCAUGGCCGUGUACGAGCGCGCCACCAAGGCCGUCCGCAAGCCCGAGCGAUACGAGAUGUGGCAACUGUACAUCAAGCGUGCUGCCCACAUCUUUGGCGUGACGCACACACGCGCUCUGUACGCCAAGGCGCUUGAAGACGACCACCUUGCAGACAAGGACACGCGUUCGAUUGCGCUGCAGUUUGCGAGUCUUGAGACGAAACUCGGCGAGAUUGACCGUGCCCGCGCCAUCUACUCGCACGCGUCGCAGGUGGCUGACCCGCGGUCCGCCAACAAGUACUGGUCUGCCUGGAACGAUUUUGAGGUUCGCCACGGCAAUGAAGACACGUUCCGUGAGAUGCUUCGCAUCAAGCGGAGUGUGGCGGCGCAGUUCAACACUGCCGCCAACACGUCUGUGUUCCGGGCCGCCAGCGACGCCAGCAAGACGCGACCCAAGACGACGGCGGCACAGGACAACGCCAUGGCCGCUGCGGAGGAAGAGGCGUCACGCAAGCAAAGCGCCAAGGAAGGGCUUGCUGUUAAGUUUGUUCGCUCCACCGAGGAGAAGAGCAAGAACACCGAUGAGAUUGCCCUUGACGACGACGACGACGACGACGAUGAUGAGGAGGAUGCGGACGUGGCCUCGGGCAAACCACGACAAGAGAUCCAAGAGCGGCCUGUGCCGGAGCAAGUGUUUGGUUCCCUUGUGGGGGCCAAGGCACGCUUCCAGCAGGCGAGCGAAUGAGCACCGUGCAGCACCAGCCACUGCGCUCAUCCACAUGCUGCUCCCUGCUGUUUGUAGUCGUGGUUUGUUCGUUUUCGCGUGUCUGUGUUUGUGUGCGUGUGUGUUCGCGCGCGUGCGUCUGUGCGUGUUGUAUGCGUUCAUCAUGGUUCAUUCAACGUGCAAUACCACGUGGCGAAACAAAUACACAAGUGUAUCUUGCACAGCAAGGGCUCACUUAAACCAGAGA